UCUUAGUUCUUGUCGUUAUUUUCGGCGAAAAAUUAUUCUUGUACUGUCAUUAUAUGCAGAAUUUUAGAGCGUAACGCGAUAGAAAUAAGAAUCCUGCACCAUUUUGGCGGCGUUUAUUCCUAUCCUGACACCGAGCGACCCCGACGAUAGAGAGAAACGCGACGGCAGGAACCAACGCCGCCCCGAGUUGUGAAAGUCGUGCGCGGUUUUGCCUGUUCGCUGUGUUUAUUCCUAUCCCUCCAAAGUUUUCUUGGGUCGUGCUCUGGUCUAUCGUUCCGCAGUCGGUUUAGAGCGGAACCGGUGAAAGGGUUCGAAAUCGCAAAAGGCGCGAAGGUCGUUCGCAUAGUUUACGUAAUGGCUAGCCUGCUGAGAUUAUUCGCUUCGCCUUCUGGUCUUUUUGUUUGUUGACUUAAGUGCGUAACGCAUUGGGUGUUGUGCUGAUUAUGCUAGUCCCGGCACAUGUUGCCGCAUGUGAGAGAAGUCCGCACAGCUUGAAUUUGUUUGGGCUGUUUGCUGGCGAUCUGUUGAGGGUUGAGCCAUACAAAGCAAGGCUGACUCCUUGGAGUGGUCUCGCUGAGUAAUUGAGCGGCCAUGAACGUCCGGACGUGACUGGCAACGCACUGACACAGCAGCCGGCUGCCUCGCUUCUGAUUCAAGUCCAUCCAUGGCGUCUCUCCUUUUUUGCCCCCCCUCUCCCCAAGUUCUUUCUUAGCUUAUAAAUACAUGAGUGACGCAACCAACUCGAGCCAUUCUCUUCGUUUUCGAAGGUUCUGGCUCUCUUUAUUGUUCGGCUUGUCUGGUUUUUUUGCUUGUUCUUGCGCAAGCAAGUAGCGUCAUGGAUAAAUACAGCACCGCGCGCAUGAAUUAGCUCGCAAAGUAUGGCGAUGCCUGUGGUCUAUGUAUAAGGAGGCCGCUUUUAAUGAUAACUCUCGGUCGAAGCCAUGAAAAUGCGAAACACUAGGCGCGCUGCCAUCAGGUUAGUCGCCAUAGCUCCGUCGUUCGUUGGUUGCUUGCUAUGUUUCUCAUUGAUUGGGGACGCCCGCCCCAUUAGUUUUGCGCUUUAGGGCGCUCUUUUCUCCCGCGCAACAAGAACAAAGCUAACCUUCUGACGCGGCGUCGACUCGGUUUGUGCUCCCGCGCCGUGUGUCUUGUAAAUCUGUCACCUUCUGCGUCUGUCGUUUCCUUGUGCCCUUCGUCGUGCCACGACCACGAGUGUCGCGCCGAUCUUUCAGCAAGUAGAUUGCUCUGAGUGAUUUCAUCUGUGCGCACUUCCGUCUCGGUCUUCUCCUUUCGAUUAGGUCGCAGCAGUAUGCUCCGAUGGUGCUACUUCUGGCUUCUUGAAUGGUGUUCGAAUUGUAUGACUGCGCAGCGUUUUCCAGCGUAGCCUGCUCCUAGUUAACGCUGCGACUUAUGAAUGUUGGGGCGCCUCGUUUAUUCUUAUCGUUCCGCUUCUGUCUAUCGUUCUGCAUUUAUGCAGCACAGGCGUCAACCAUCUCCACAGACUCUCGCUUGAAAAAAGCAUGUUAGUUCAAACAUUUCUUCAAAUUUAGGUGCACAGCCCAGCAUGGCUCUUUACAAUGCACUAGGUUUUUUUGGACAGUAUGCGGUAACGUGGGGAAGAUCACUUUGAAAUGUAAGACGAGGUCGACGAUGAGCCCUCGCCUAAGAACGAGGCUCGCAAGAGCACAUCAUGGCACGAUGGAAUAACACUAUGCCAAAAGCGAACAUGGAAAAGUCAGUGGUUUUUUUGCCGAAUGAAUUUCAGGGAUCAGUCGGGCAAUAUUCGUCUGAAAAUGAAAAAUUUCCAUUAUGAGACGAAUAAUGUACAAAAAAGCGCUUUUUUUGCGUUUUUUGGAAUGGAAAAAGUGAAGGCCCUUUUUUUGCGAGUGAUGCAUGGAAAAAGUGAAGGCUGUUAUUCGCUUGGAGUGAUGCAAGAUGGGCACUCAGUGAUGUUGUAUAGAAGGCAGCGUGAGGGAAAGAUUUAUAUUGUGGCGGGUGGUACGAUGGGUUUUCCGCAUUCUGUUAUUGGCUUACCUAUCUGCUUUCAGAUUCAGUGCGUCUCGAUGUCGAUCUUGAAGUGCUAUUAUGGGUCUACUUCUUUAACAGUCUAUUUAUUCACUUACACGAUUUGUUCACAUCAUUUUUUUCUAAGACAGUAGAUUGUAAUACAAGAUCCUGGUAAGAUCGGGUACUCGUAUCUUGUUCUGUGUCCCGACAUUGUAGAGAGACCCUGCCGCCAAAACAAUGACUAAAUACGAUGCGUUGAUAGUGAGUAGGAGCUCGGCGGCAGGGUCUAUAGGAGGGCACGAAGAAGUUGUAGGCGGGGAAAAAUGCCGCAUUUACUAGAUAUGUAACGGAAAACGAUGAGAACUGAAGAGAAUUCGAAUGAAGAAGGAAAAGAGAAAAAAUGGUCCUCAGGCGCUGGCUCGAUACGGGUAUACUUUCGAGGCUCAAGUGGUGAAUGGCGGAUUGGCAAGCGCAGGCGGCCAGGAGUGAAUGAGCAAUCAUGCUUAGUAGUGCAGCAGGGGCUUUCACGAAUUGGGCCGGCGUUAGACCCGCGGAAGAGGGUCAUAAGGUUUUAUCAUGGAGUGCGCGCAUGUUAAGGUUUUUCGGGUUAAGGCUAUUGCAGUCCCGAGAGGGCCUUAAGGGUUAUUCUGCAAUGGAGUGGGCAAAUGUUAAGGCUUUUCGAGUUGAGGCCAUUUCAGUCCCGCGAGGGACUUAAGGCUUUAGUUUACAAUGGAGGACGCGCACGCGCAUGCUCAGGCGCGUGGGACGGCGAUCGUGAAAGGAUGCUUUGGUGGACUUUGUUGUUAGCUCGUGAAGCACAGAGGAAGAAAUGUAAACGUGCUUCGUCGGUCACUGAGAGGAGCGGAAAGAACCACAUGGACAUCGUUUCUGUCUAAUGGCGCCGACUUUACUCAGGACGCCUCACUUUUCUGUUGUCUGUGAAAUGCAUUGAUUCUUAGGCCCAGCUUUGCUGGAGCCUUGGCCCCUGCAGGAUCGCAUGCCAGCGACCUUCUAAUUCUAAUUCUAAUAGAUAUGAGUUUUUGAAUUUCUUGGGUACUGAAAAGGCUAGAUAA